AACCAAUUUCAAUCUGUGAGAGAGCACUGAAGGGCAGGUGCCAGGCAUCGGAGGCCACCAGCACCAGCCCCUGCCGCCGACAGCAUGUUCUGGCUGCUCCCGCCCCUCGUGCUUGUCUUCUCCAGCCCAGGGAACACAGCUUCGCAAGACAGCUCGAAGCCCCUGACAGUGAAUGGGGUCUUGGGGGAGGCGGUAACUCUUUCCCUGAAGCCUCCUGUGCCGACGGGUAUUCAGUCCACCACCUGGCUUCACAAUGGAAACUCCAUCGCCUUCAUAUUGCCGAAAGCUGCCUCGGAUCUGAACUUCUUCGUGACAGAUCCAGAAUGGAAAGAUCGACUGCAGCUGGCAGAGAACUACUCCCUACGACUCAGCAACCUGACUGGGGCAGACGCAGGACGUUACUGUGCCCAGAUGACCAUUCAGACCUCUAAAGAGUUCUCCUGUUACACUCUGCAGGUCUUCAGACGGCUGAGGAACGUACAAACUGCCAGUCACACUUGGCUGUCUGAGACUGGGACCUGUGAGAUCCACCUGACCUGCUUUGUGGAGAACUCAAAGGACACCUUCGUAAGGUGGCAGGUUGUAGGAAACACAUCUGUAAAUGAAGCAAACCUCUCCAUCUCCUGGGACUCCAGGAAUUCCGGGGAACAGGAGUUCACCUGCAUAGCUGAGAAUCCUGUCAGCAACAUAUCCCUCUCUGUCUCCACACAGAGACUCUGCGAAGGUGUUUUGAGUACGAAAAAUCAGCCUGAUGCCAAGUGGAUUGUAACUGUGGUUGUGGUUAUUUUGAUGUGCACAGCCAUCACUGUGGGGUUAUUUGUUUGGAAAAAAAAAGAUUGUUUGUGGAGGACAGGCAUCUUUCAUUUCUCUACUCCACAAACCCAGAGUCCUGCAGAGACCAUAAGGAACAUAGACUAUGUCUCCGUCUCUCCAGGGAAUACCGUGUACGCUCAUGUCACACAUCCAAACAGGCAAAUAAAUAGCCCAACACCUGUGAAAAGCAGUGAUUUCUCCACCAUUUACUCCACAGUUCAUCAGUCCAAAGAGAGUAAACCUAUUUCUUCCAGGACAACUGCCCUCAACAAUGUCAUUUAAGUUGUUGAGAGGUCUCAAAAGGAACUCAGCUUCUUCUCAGACUCAGAGUGACACAGCUUUUCCCGAUCCCAUCGGGGAGAUCACAGCUUGGUUUCUGCCUGGCAACAGAAUUUGAAUAUUUAGGAUUAUCCCUUCCAGUUCCUCGGACUAGAACCUGCUCAAGUACGUCAAACAUCUUGGGAAUAACGUCAUUUCCAGCGUGUGAUCCAAAUAACAUGUUCUAAUCUGCUCCAGGCCAAAACAUGCUUCUGUGAACAAGCCUGGACAUUGACUUUCUCUUUGGGAACUGACAGAGUUGUGUUUGACAGAGAUUUAUAAUUCAAAGACAACCUCUCCUCUCUUUUUAGAAAGCUGGAUUGUGAUUCACUGGGAGGGAGUACAGUGGAUUUGUUAUGUAUGUUGUCUCUGGAACUGGCUGGGCCUAUUUCCAAACCCUCACAUGUGGUUUAUAGACAUACCUCCUGGGACAUGUUCUGCAACCUCAUGAGCUCUGGUCUCCUAGACUGAAAAAUGGGGAUCAGCCUGUUACUCAAACCAGGAACCAGAGUUAGCCUUGACUUCAGCUGUUCCAUCACCAGGCCCAAAUAUGUACUGUAGAUGGACCCAGUUCUCUCCAAACCUUAUCCACCACCCUGUAUUAACCCAUGAUCAUCUCCAACAUGAAAUGUGACAGUAAGCUCAUUUCAAAUUUCCUCAGUUUUUGCUCUUAUCUCCCUCUGAUCCAUUCUCUACAAGACAGCUGGAGAAAUAUUUUUAAUAUAAACCAGAUCCUUCACUUGUCUGCUUAAAAUUGGCCUUGCAAGGCUUCCCAGGCACUCAGAAAGAAACCGAGUCUCCGUAGCUCUGGAUGGCUUGGCCCACCUGCAGCCUUAGCCAUCACGCCUCCCUCCCUGCCCUGCUCUGAUUUGGCUUCUCUGAUUCUCUUUCAGCCCCUCCAUCAGAGGAGAGAGUUUCCUCACAUCUGCCUCAAGACCCUUUCUGCCUGCCUCCUUACUCUACAGGUCUCAAUAUAUACAUGUU